AUGAAAAGUAUGUUGGAACUGUACUUGGCUGGCAACCAACUUUCAGGUGUUAUACCUUUUGAGCUUGGAUUUUGUGAACUCCUUGAAGUACUCGAUCUAUCCAAAAAUAGAUUGAAAGGGUCGAUUCCAACAAGUAUUGGUCAAUGGGCACAUAUCCACUACUUGAAUCUUAGUAAUAACAAGCUCAGUGAGAAAAUUCCCUCCCAGAUUGGUAAAUUAGUUCAGCUUACAGAACUUGAUUUAUCUCAGAAUUUUCUCAUAAAAGAGAUACCAUCUGAAGUUCAAAGUCUGCAAAGUUUGCAAAAAUUGGAUCUUUCUCACAACAGACUCUCUGGUUCUAUUCCUAAUACAUUUACAAGUUUGCCUAAUGGGAUUCAUAUCAACCUUUCUUUCAAUAAGCUGUCAGGUCCAAUCCCCCCUUGCACAAACUUUGUGAAUGCAUCCAUUGAAAACAAUCUAGAUUUGUGUGGAAAUGUUACGGGAGUGAAACUUUGUCCAAGUCAAAUUACGAAGAAGAAUAGUGAUCCCUUUCAUCAUAAGCUUAUCCUUGUAAUUAUGCUCCCUCUUAUCGGGUCUGUUUUACUUGGUGUAUUCACAUAUGGCCUCAUUGCUAAUCUACAACAAAAGAAAAAGUCUCCACAAAAACCAUCGGAUGAAGAAAUCGGUGAUUAUUUCUUUAUUACAAGUUUUGAUGGAAAGGUAUUGUAUGAUGAUAUCUUGAAGACAACAAAUGAUUUCGAUGAAGCAUACUGCAUUGGGACCGGAGGAUAUGGUAGUGUUUACAAAGCUGAGCUACAACCUAACAAUGUGGUAGCUGUCAAGAAACUUCACUCAUCAUCUGAGAAUGUUGAUCACAAUGGAUUCCUUAAUGAGGUACGAGCAUUAACGAACAUAAGGCAUCGAAACAUAGUGAAACUCUAUGGGUAUUGCUCCCAUGUUCGCCACUCAUUUUUGAUUUAUGAAUACCUUGAAAAGGGAAACCUUGGAUCAAUCUUAAGAAGCAAUGUCUUAGCAAAAGAAUUGGAUUGGUUGAAAAGAGUAAAUAUUGUAAAGGGUGUAGCAAAUGGUUUGGCUUAUAUGCAUCACGACUGCUCACCUCCUAUAAUUCAUAGAGACAUAUCCAUAGCCAACAUCCUUCUUGAUUCUGAUUAUGAGGCGCAUAUUUCUGAUUUUGGCACGUCCAAGCUUUUAAAGCUUGAUUCAUCCAACUGGACUGCAAUUGCAGGCACCUAUGGCUACAUUGCGCCAGAGCUUGCUUAUACGAUGGUGGCAAAUGAGAAAUGCGAUGUGUAUAGCUUUGGAGUUGUUGCAGUAGAAGUGAUAAUGGGAAAGCAUCCGGGAGAUCUCAUAACAUCUUUACCAACAUUGUCUGCUGCUGAUUAUCUGGUGCCGUCAAACGUGGGAGAUAGUCGGAUACCUCCUCCCUCAUCCGAAGUAGAGAAACAAGUUAAGUUGGUUUUGAAUCUCUCAAGAGCAUGUUUGAACUCCAAUCCACAUGAAAGACCAACAAUGCAACAAGUUUCAAAUCGGUUAAUGAAGGAUCUGCUUCGAAUUGACAUCUCUUGCCUGAUCAAUAUAUUGUAUUUCAGUGUUCUUUUUACUUUUCUUGAGUUCCCUAUAUGCAUCAUGUCAAUAUGUAUUCAUUCGAAUGGCUUUUGUUAAGAAACUUCACAUAUGUUUGUGAACAAAUAAGUAAAUGAAAA